AUGAUCGAAGACGACAUCUACCGCACUUCGUCACAGUAUCGUCUGUGGUCCUUCACCGAAGAGACUUUACGAUCUGUGCGACAAAAUACAAACAGACUGGCUAGCGACCGGGUACGAGUUGCGCUGCGACGAGCGCGCGAAGCUCGACAAUCCGCCAACUCAUCUGCUGCAGGCACCCCAAACGCGAAUGCCAGCGAUGUAGACAGCAAGACCAGCGAGGAGAAGGAUAUAGAGUGUUUGACACCAGAGGAGGAGCAGGACUUGGUGCGAUAUUACUGCGAGCAGAUUAUCCAGUUAGGGGAGAGCUACAAACCCCCAUUGCCGACGAUAGUUAGAGCCACUGCAAUCCAAUACCUCCGCCGCUUCUACCUCACCAACUCGCCUAUGACCUACCAUCCCAAGACCAUCAUGCCAUGCGCCCUCUUCAUCGCCACCAAGACGGACAACUACUACAUGUCCCUGCGCCAUUUCGCCGACGGCGUUCCCGGCGACACAACAGCAGAAGAUAUCAUCGCGCCAGAGUUCCUCGUUAUGCAGAGUCUCCGCUUCACCUUCGACGUCCGGCACCCUUUCCGCGGCUUAGAGGGUGGCAUCAUGGAACUCAACGCCAUUGCCCAAGGUCUCGGCCAGCCAGCACCGCACCUCCCAACGCAAACAGCAGAAGACCUCCGCCGCGCCAUCUUAUCUCUCCCACCAUCACCAAAUAACCCAUCUACCUCGUCAUCUUCGAUAUCCGACCGUCUUGCCCGAGCGCACCACAACACCCGCGAGAUCCUCAAGUCCGCCGCCCAAAUGACAGACGCCUACUUCCUCUACACCCCGUCGCAAAUCUGGCUCUCGGCGCUGUCGAUAGCCGAUCAACCCCUUGCGCAAUUCUACCUCGACACGAAACUCCCAACACCCAACGCCUCAGAAACUGGAAACGAACACCCCCUUGCCCACCUCCGCGCAAAGGUCCUCCAAACCCUUACCUCCUGCGCUACGCUCCUCCAGUCCUACAAACCGCUCGCCUCAGACCCAGAGCAGAAGAAGGCCAUGCGCCGGAUCGGGAAGAAACUAUAUCACUGCCAGAAUCCAGAGAAGGUAAACCUCGCCGGGCAGAAGCGGGUUCCUGCUGCUGCUGCGGCGGUGGCGGCGUCUGCAUCUGCGAACCCAAGCGAGACUGCGACUCCGGAUAGUGAGAUGGAGAGGCUGGCGAAGAAGCGGAAAUUAGAGGCAGAGCAGCAGAAGGCGAGAGAUAUUUUUGGGGGGGAGUUGGUUAUGGAGAGGACGAAGGAGAGACAGGCGUAG